CUUACUCGAGAGUGGACACUAUCUGCAUCAUUCGAGUAUCGCUAAGGCUUCACCGCCGUUUGUCUCGAUCUUUUCAACCUCAAAUCCGGGGGUGGAACCAUUAAUCCCUGUAUUACUCGCAUAUCUUCCAUAAUUAGCAUACGGUACAAUGUCCCGCAACGUACGGCAGCAAAGACCGCCGACUACUCCCGUCAAGGUCUCUAGGCGUCGUGCCUCGGACGCUUCGUCGUCACUCGACCUGUCUGAUGAAGGUGGUUAUUCUGGAGUAGAAGACAUCAGUGAUUCUGACGAUGACGACGAGGAGGGAAUAAACGCGGUCGAGGAGGAGCAUAUUCUCUCACAUGAACUGCACAAACCUACCCGCAGCUCACGCUCCCCUCGGCCGCUUGACGAUGAGGACGGACAGGACGACGACGAUGAUAACGACGAGGGUGGAGAUGAGUACGAGGGGGAUGAUGACGAUGCGGACGAUAAUGCCAGCUGGGACGGCAUUUCCUCCGAGGCAGACGCUGACGACGACAUCACAAUUGACCAAGGAUAUACCAGCACAGAACGUCGUGUCCGCUUUGAUAUCCCCGAAGAUUCGUCAGAUGAUGACUCGACAGAAACCGAUGAUGAUGUAGACCAUGGUUUCUUCCCUGACCUCUUCGUGGACAAGAGCAUACUCGACCCUUCAUUCCGUCGAGAAAUUGAGCAUGACGCCGAUCCCUACGACUCAUCUAAUUCAGAGGCAUUUUGGGAUAACUAUUCUACCACUACCGGAGAGUGGUUUGGAUUUGACGAGCCAGCCUCCGAUUUUGAGGCUCUAAUCAAGUCUUUGGACGAUCAAGAUGCCACACCGGUUCCUACACCGUUGACAAACCAGGACCUAUCUACCGCAACCAAUACCCCGAUGGACCUGUCUGAGGACGACGAGAUUUCCCUCGAUGGAUAUCAAACUGAUGGCGAUACUACCGAUGAGGAAGAUCCGCCUGAGAAGCCCGUUCGACGUAAGACUCGGCGGGAAACUGUGGACGAUGAUUCCGAUUCGGACGCCGUUACGCUGAUCCGGCCCCGCCGCGGCCAACCACGUGUUGGUCGUUUCAAUCUCGACAAGUCUAGCAAGAAACCUAUUGCGAUAUUAAACCCUAGAACCGGCAAGAUGAUGAUCUUCACUCAUCAAAGUAUGAGAGGAAGAGGUUUUGAUCUGUCGCCGGAGCAGUUCAACUUCCAUUACUUCGACCAGACCCAGGCUUCUCCUAUACUCAGCAACCCCGGCAGUAUCAUGAUGAGUGGCAUGAUUUCUUCCAGCACUUACGGAGACUUUAUGAAUACACACGCAGUCGGUCCCGCGGAAGCUUGGUAUGCCCAAGCAUCCGAUGGGAAUGUAGUUGACACAUCUGAUUCUGACGAUCAAGUUGUCGACGAAGCAGAGAAAAAUCUUAAGCUGGAGGACUUUAUCACUUUGGAUAACGAUGAUGACGGAGAUGACUCUUCUGAAGAAGAGAAGGCGCUCGAGCAUGACGAAGCGGAUGAUCAAAUAUUCCACACUCCCGGCCGUACACCCGGCCGGCCAGGUACUGCGUCCAGCGACGUGGCAUCCCUCCUUGAUCAUUUCCAGCAUAAUACCAACAUUGUCGGCGCAUUCCGGCGGGACCAAGCAAAUCAUCAGUUAAUUAGCCGCAGUAAGGCUACCCGAGAUUCUCUCGCAUUUUCCGGUCCAUAUUUUGAAGGUACUCUUCGUGGUAUUAAAGAUGGGCGCAUAGCUACUACCAACGUGCCCAUUUCUCCUAUGCGCAAGCAGAAGAAGAUGUCUGAACUCGCUAGCAGUCCUCUCUCGACUAUGACUCAGAAGAGGAAAGCAUCGUCAGAACACCACCUGGGUCAUAAACGGCAGAGGAGCAUACCCGACGUAGAUUUUGGGUUCUAGUCCCUUAGACGUUACCCUCUUGCCCAACGCCUUUUUCUUAUCACAAUACGCCGAUGGACGGUGCGGCCUAUUCUCAUAGGUCAUUCCCUGGCCAUUGAUCACACACCUGAGACGCAUCCAAUAUAUCUGCUCUGGAUCAAUCAUGGGGUGAUUUCUCUUUGUCUUAUCUCUAGCACUCAUACCCAUACGCAUACAAUAGUUUUCCUUAAAUCUCUUAUCAGUGAAGGUUGGCGAGAAGAUGUCACAAUCUGGCCUGGCGGGGGUUCUGGUGCUCAUCUAGAAGGCAAUAGACAAAAUGGGACUGGAUGUUCAUUCUACAGUCAAAGAAAGGACAUUGAUGAUCCAGAUAUUUUGUGGACGACGAAUCGUGUUUAAUACCGUGCUGGAAAGUACGAAUAUUUCCCACGUAGUCUUGUCCCUGACGAGGAGAUGUCGAUAAUAGCACUGUUUACAUGAUGAUGUUUCAUACGUCAAUAAAAACUAGUUCCAUAAUAGCUCUGGUUCGUCUGU